AUGCACUCCAGCGGCAAACAGUUGGACCUGAAUCCUUCCGCCGUCCUGCUCCUAUUCGUCCUUGUUGCGAGUGUUGCAGGAGAUGGGAAUGAUACCUCCGGCUUGAGCCUGAGUCGCUCGAAGCGUUUGGCCAUUUUCAAUGGCCAGGGCACAAACAAGAUAGUCAUUGGGCUUGCGUUUCCCAUCAAACAGGAGGACCCAGUGCGGUCGGCUGUGGGAUUUAUCAACUACCAAGCGCAAUAUGUGCCAUCGCCUGUCCCAAUUUACUGGUGGAGCUUCUGGAACACCUCGACAUUUGUGACCACGGCUAGGAAAUGGCGGAUGAAUGUCCAGAGCAGACUUUUCCAGGACGAGACACGAAUUUGGUUGUACGAUGUCGUCGAAACGGGCUUGGAGCGUUUUGGAGAUCGGAAUGCCGGUGCCUGUCUUCUCAGAAGCAUCUGUGAGAUAUCCCAACGCCCCUUUUUGCACAGCAACAUUUUCAGCGAGAUACUCAAUGCCGUGUUGGUACCCUCUCUAGAUAAUGUGCCUGAAAAGUAUCUACUGGCCAGAGAUGCGGGUAAAUCAGGUGCCAAUUGUUGGAAAACCUAUAGUGACUGCAGCAAGAAGUUUUGGAACAGACUUAUUCAAAUGGCAAAGAUAUCUCUCUAA